AUGUUCAGGUGUCCCUCAGGUGUCACUUGGGGUCACUCAGGUGUCACCCAGGUGUCCCUCAGGUGUUGUUCAGGUGUCAUUCAGGUGUCCCUCAGGUGUCCCUCAGGUGUUGUUCAGGUGUCACUUGGUGUCACUCAGGUGUCACUCAGGUGUCACUCGGUGUCAGGUGUCACUCAGGUGUCACACGGUGUCACUCAGGUGUCGUUCAGGUGUCACCCAGGUGUCACUCAGGUGUUCAGGUGUCAUUCAGGUGUCACUUGGGGUCACUCAGGUGUCACUCAGGUGUUGUUUAGGUGUCACUUGGUGUCACUCAGGUGUUCAGGUGUUGUUCAGGUGUUGUUCAGGUGUCACUCGGUGUCCCUCAGGUGUCCCUCAGGUGUCACUCAGGUGUCGCUCAGGUGUUCAGGUGUCACCCAGGUGUCAUUCAGGUGUCGUUCAGGUGUCGUUCAGGUGUCCCUCAGGUGUUGUUCAGGUGUUGUUCAGGUGUCACUUGGUGUCACUCAGGUGUCACUCAGGUGUCACUCGGUGUCCCUCAGGUGUUGUUCAGGUGUCACUCGGUGUCAGGUGUCACUCAGGUGUUCAGGUGUCACUCAGGUGUCACUCAGGUGUCACUCAGAUGUCAAUUCAGGUGUCACCCAAGUGUUGUUCAGGUGUCCCUCAGGUGUCCCUCAGGUGCCACUCCGGUGUCACCUGGGUGUUGUUCAGGUGUCACUCAGGUGUCACCCGGGUGUCACUCAGGUGUCACUCAGGUGUUGUUUAGGUGUCACUUGGUGUCACUCAGGUGUUCAGGUGUUGUUCAGGUGUUGUUCAGGUGUCACUCAGGUGUCACUCAGGUGUCAUUUUGGUGUUGUUCAGGUGUUGUUCGGGUGUCACUCAGGUGUCACUCAGGUGUCACCCAGGUGUCACUCAGGUGUUCAGGUGUCCUUCAGGUGUCACUCGGUGUCCCUCAGAUGUCGUUCAGGUGUCGUUCAGGUGUCACUCGGUGUCACCCAGGUGUUCAGGUGUUCAGGUGUCACCCAGGUGUCAUUCAGGUGUCAUUCAGGUGUCACCCAGGUGUCGUUCAGGUGUCAUUCAGGUGUCCCUCAGGUGUCACUCAGGUGUUGUUCAGGUGUCACUUGGGGUCACUCUGGUGUCAUUCAGGUGUCCCUCAGGUGUUGUUCAGGUGUCCCUCAGGUGUUGUUCAGGUGUCCCUCAGGUGUUGUUCAGGUGUCGUUCAGGUGUCAUUCAGGUGUCAUUCAGGUGUCACUCACGUGUCACUCAGGUGUCGUUCAGGUGUCAUUCAGGUGUCAUUCAGGUGUUGUUCAGGUGUCACUCAGGCUUCAACCAGGUCCCCUCCUCCUCCACCUCCCGCGGCACCACCAGGAACAGCUCCGAGCUCCCCUCAUCCAACACCCGCUGCAGGAACUCCCUGCAGGUGAGACCCCCAGGUGAGACCCCCAG